AUGCUUGUUGGAGAAAUUCCAUCCGGUUUGUCCAAUAUCAAGGGCUUCAAGAGUCUUCUGCUUGGAGGCAAUCAUCUCACUUGGAAUAACAAUGCAAAGAUAGAGCCAAAGUUUAUGCUAUCUGAGUUGUCUUUGAAGUCUUGUAGUCUUGAAGGAGAAAUUCCAAACUGGAUUUCUACACAGACUCUCAAAACUUUGGACUUGAGUGAGAACCAACUAGAAGGAACGUUGCCGCAAUGGCUUGCUAAAAUGGAAGUUGAAUAUAUAAUUUUGUCAAAUAACAAUCUCACAGGUUCUCUCCCACCUUUUCUCUUCAACUCUCACAAUUUAGUUGUUCUUGCCUUAUCUCAGAACAACCUCCAUGAAGAACUACCAAGCAACAUUGGUAAUGCCACUGCACUCACAAUUCUUGGGUUGGAUCACAACAAUUUUUCGGGGAAGCUUCCGGCAUCCAUCGUCAAUAUUUAUGCACUCUCAUUAUUAUGUUUGUCAAACAACAAAUUUUCUGGCAACACUUUGCUAGAUUUCAGGUCUAAUGAGUACCUUGAACUCAUUGAUUUAUCUUCAAAUGAAUUCUCAGGUGAGAUUCCAACAAAAUUUUCCCAUCAUACUAGAAUUCUUGCAUUGGGCAAAAAUAAUUUUUCUGGCAAUCUGUCCAGAAACCUUAUUCAAUUGAGAAAGCUUGAAUACCUAGACAUACAUGACAACACAAUUACAAGUGAAUUGCCAAACUUUAUCUUCCAAAUCUCCACCCUUCGUACCCUAAAUUUACGAAACAACUCUCUCCAUGGUUCAAUCCCUAAUUGUAUUUCCAAUCUUACUAAUAUCCAAAUUCUUGAUCUUUCAAACUAUUAUCUUGUUGGAGAAAUCCCUGCAAAGUUUGGAAAUCUUGUUGGUAUGGAAACAACAACCAACAACUUUUCAUAUCUCAGUUUUUCAUAUUUCAAUGAUAUUAUACAAUUAUACAUUCUUGAUUUUGCCACGGAGCAAUACAACAUUGGUGAUGUGACAAUUAUUUGGAAGAAGUCAAAACAAAAUCUAUCAUUAGGUAGACUCAACAUCUACCAUUUUUUAGACUUGUCAACGAACCAACUUUCUGGUGAAAUUCCAGCUUCCUUAGGCAAUUUGAAAGCUCUAAAGCAUCUCAACAUCUCACACAACAACCUUUAUGGGAGGUUACCAACAAGUCUUGGUUGUUUAGAGAACCUAGAGAGUUUGGACUUAUCACACAACAAUUUAUCAGGCUCAAUUCCCCAAUCACUAGUGAAAUUGCAACAACUAACAGUUCUGGAUGUCAGUAACAAUAAGUUUAUAGGAAAGAUUCCAGUUGGUAACCAAAUGAAUACAAUGGUUGUUCCAAGUUUUUAUGCCCACAACAGUGGUUUGUGCAGAAUGCAAAUUCAAGUGCCAUGUCCAGAAGAUUUGCCACCAACAAAACCACCAAGGGUUGAAAAUAAGGAAACAUGGUUCUCAUGGGAAUGA